GCCAAAGGAGAGAAGUGGGCGACACUAAGAGACAGAGACCCGGAGCCAGUGGAGAGAAGCAAACAGCCAGGCACAGUGAAAGUGAGAGGGAACGGGAGCGGUUGGACACGAGGUGAAAAUGGCUCAGCGUCUGCGUUUGUACUUUGGCUCGGGCCGCAGCAACACCGCGCCGGAGGUACUGGAAGGAGACUCGGAGGAGCAGCAGGGGGACGACGACGUGGUCGCGGCGCUGGCCACGCGGCGGCCUCGGCUAUCGGCAUCCUCUUGGGAGCCGUCCGCGGCGCGGUCGGAGCCUUCCCUGAAGCGCAGCUCCUCCAUGUUCAUACCCCAGCUCGCCGCCUGCGCCGAUCCGCGGCCCACUAAGAGCUCGUCCGUGCACAUCUCCCUCCAGCGCUCCGGCGGAUCCAGUAACGGAGAUUCCCGCGACCGCGCAGACGACGUCCCGCCGCCCUGCUACACCCCUCCGGGGCCUGCGCCCGCCUAUUCCGAACCGUGGGUCCAAGCGGACGUUCCACGGCACCCGCCGCCUCCGUACCAAAGCCCAGAUACCCGGAUCCCGCCGGCACUGGUGACGGAGCCGAACCUGCCGACGCGCAGGGUCUUUAACAUCGGCUCAAACGGCCACGCUAUGUAUAGCACAGGCCAACCUAAUGUCAGCGUGGGUGGCAUUUGUAUCCAGAGGAACUCUCCGGACGGCUCUGAUGUCCAGCGUUUCAGAAUCCAGCCUUACGGCGGUGCCGGCUGGUCCGUCCAGCAGCAGAGCUCGGACCAGUGCUCCGUCGUCGACGGUGGAACGCAGAGGGUGGUGUUUCAGCUCCAGCAAAGUCCGAACCAGGGCCGGGGCAGGCCGCAGACUGCCGCGCCGCAGGACGAACGCCCAGAUGUCGGCGGGCCGAGGGGCAGUCGCGCGCUGCGGUACCCGAGAAUUCGACUGGAGAGGCGCUCGUCUCAACCGAGGCUGCUGCUGGAAAGCCCACGCCAGGAAACCGGUGGCGACAGCCGAGCUGUGGAGGAGACCCAAACGGACCCGGACAGAACAGAAGCAAGGUCCAACGGUUGUACUUUCAAAAUCCAUGGGAAUUCUUCCAGGAGGCAGCCUCAUUUCAAGAUUUCUUUUACCCCCGGGGGCGGUGGGGAUCAGGAUGUUACCCCUGGCAACAAUUCCACAGCGAAUAAUACCACGACAAGAGAUGAUUUCCUGGGACAGGUUGAUGUUCCUCUCAGUCACUUGCCGACGGAGGAUCCUGCCAUGGAGCGGCCGUACACAUUCAAGGACUUCCUGUUGCGGCCCAGGAGCCACAAGUCCAGGGUGAAGGGUUACCUGCGUCUGAAAAUGGCAUAUCUGCCCAAACAAGGAGGCCCAGAGGAGGAGGCUGGAGAGAUGAGGGAGGAAGCUGAGGGUUGGGAUGAGUCGGCGGACUCGGGCUCCCAGCGACCUCAGCAGCUGCUUCCUCCUUUGCCCCCCGGCUGGGAGGAGAAAGUGGACAACCUGGGACGCACCUACUAUGUCAACCACAACAAACGUAACACCCAGUGGAAACGGCCCUCCAACAUAGACGUGAUCUCGGAGACCGAGAGCGACAAUCAACAGCGUCAGAUCAAUCAGGAAGCACACCGCGUGUUCCGUUCGAGACGCCACAUCAGUGAAGACCUGGAGAACGAGCACAUGGAGCCGAGGGACCUCGACAAUUCCUGGGAGCUCAUCACAGAAGAGGAUCCCAACGAGAGCCUGGCCCAGUCUCAGCCCGGCACCUCCUCCUCCGUCUCGACGCCGCAGCCGGCGCCGACAUCCGUCGACCGGGACUUCUCUGAGGAUUUAAACCUGCGGCUGUCACUCACUCCAGACACCAACGGCGAAGUGCCGGCGCCCGGCGCCGCUCUGAGCCAGCUAUCAAACAGACUCCGGUCCUCGAGUAUGACGGAUGGAGUCAGCGAUCAGACCCAGGCUCCUCCUCUCAUGCAGGGUUCCCAGACCAGAAGAACAAGAGCUCAAACUGUCUCAGGUGGUGAGGAGUCAAUGUCUCCCUCGGCGACGGCUUACGCCUUGACCACCCCCGGCCUGCCCCCUGGAUGGGAGGAGCGGCGAGACGGCAAGGGAAGAACUUAUUACGUCAACCAUAACAGCCGCACCACUACGUGGACUAGGCCAAUUGUGCAGCUGACUGAAGACGGAGCCAGCGCCUCAGCGGCAGCAGAACCGGGAGGAGCCUCGGCCCUGGCCCCCGCACCCGACCCCUCCUCCUCUUCCUCCUCCUCCUCCAAUGCCUCCAACAACCACCUCCAUGAGCCCCAAGUGCGACGACCUCGUAGCCUCAGCUCCCCCACUGUCACCCUAUCCACCCCCUUGGAGGGAGCCAACAACAUCCCGGCGCGGAGGGCUGUGAAGGACACGUUCUCCAACCCGCAGUCCCCGCAGCCGUCCCCUUACAGCUCGCCCAAGUCCCAGCUGAAGACCCAGCAGAGCUUCCUGCCCCCCGGCUGGGAGAUGAGGAUCGCCCCCAACGGACGGCCGUUCUUCAUCGACCACAACAGCAGGGUCACCACCUGGGAGGAUCCCAGAUUGAAAUACCCAGUCCACAUGAGGACUAAGAACUCCAUUGAGCCCGGUGAACUUGGUCCUCUUCCUCCUGGCUGGGAAGAAAGAAUUCACUCAGACGGACGCACCUUCUACAUUGACCACAAUACGAAGAACACGCAGUGGGAGGAUCCUCGCCUGCAGAGUCCGGCCAUCACAGGACCUGCGGUUCCUUACUCCAGGGAAUUCAAGCAGAAAUACGACUACUUCAGGAAGAAGUUGAAGAAACCGGCCGACAUCCCCAACCGGUUUGAGAUGAAGUUACACAGGAACAACAUCUUCGAGGAGUCGUACCGGCGAAUCAUGUCCCUGAAGAGGCCCGACGUGCUGAAGGCCCGGCUGUGGAUCGAGUUUGAGUCGGAGAAGGGACUGGACUACGGCGGCGUGGCCCGAGAGUGGUUCUUCCUCCUGUCGAAGGAGAUGUUCAACCCCUACUACGGCCUGUUCGAAUACUCUGCCACAGACAACUACACCCUCCAAAUCAACCCCAACUCCGGCCUGUGCAACGAGGACCACCUCUCCUACUUCAAGUUCAUCGGGCGCGUGGCGGGGAUGGCAGUGUUUCAUGGGAAACUCCUGGAUGGUUUCUUUAUCAGACCGUUCUACAAGAUGAUGCUGGGAAAACAGAUCUCCCUUAAAGACAUGGAGUCUGUGGACAGUGAAUACUACAACUCUCUGAAGUGGAUUCUGGAGAAUGAUCCCACUGAGCUGGACCUCAGGUUCUGUAUCGACGAGGACAACUUUGGACAGACGUACCAGGUCGACCUGAAGCCCAGCGGCUCAGACAUGGUGGUCACCAACGAGAACAAAAAGGAAUACAUUGACCUGGUCAUCCAAUGGAGGUUUGUCAAUCGAGUCCAGAAGCAGAUGAACGCCUUCUUGGAGGGCUUCACCGAGCUCAUUCUCAUAGAUCUCAUCAAGAUCUUUGAUGAAAACGAGCUCGAGCUGCUCAUGUGCGGCCUCGGCGACGUCGACGUCAACGACUGGAGGCAACACACGGUUUACAAGAACGGCUACUGUCCCAACCACCCGGUCAUACAGUGGUUCUGGAAGGUCGUCCUGUUGAUGGAUGCUGAAAAGAGGAUCCGACUCCUCCAGUUUGUUACGGGAACGUCCCGGGUGCCCAUGAACGGCUUUGCCGAGCUUUAUGGUUCUAAUGGACCCCAGCUGUUCACAAUAGAGCAGUGGGGAACACCAGAAAAGUUGCCAAGAGCUCACACGUGUUUCAACCGUUUGGACCUGCCCACUUACGACUCAUUCGAGGACUUGAGAGAGAAGCUCCUCAUGGCGGUGGAGAACGCGCAGGGCUUCGAGGGGGUCGACUAAGGCGGCGGCAGCGGCAGCAGCAGCAGCAUCUGACCGCAUCCAAACCCCCCCUCCCACAACCAAACGACAACAACAAUAUAAACAAAAGAAAAAGCCACAGGGAUUUCAACCCGGCUGCGGUGGCCGCUCUGUGCAAGCAUGUCGUACUGUACCGUGACUGUGAGCAGCAGCGGUGGCUUGAGACUGAACCGCGAUUUGAUGAGCCGGCCCGCGCCUGCGCCUUUACAUCUUCUCCGAGGCUAGGCCCCCCCCCCCCUCCCCCCCACCUCCCCCUUCCCCCUCGAAGGUGCUGGGGAAAGAACGGGAGAGACGCGCCGCCGGAGGGUGAAAUCUUAUCGAUCCGCAGGCGUGAGCCAUGAAUGAGCUGGUCCCCCCCCCCGGGUGGGUCUGCCGCUUCUUUCCCCUGUACCCUCGUCCUGUGAAAAUCUACAGUGCUGGAAAACACUAAUGCAUUUCAAUAGCUCCGUUAUGUUCACUUCAACACAGUAUUCGAGGCGCCCUUCGAUGGAGGGGGCAUGGCCUCGGUCUGGCUUCUACGUCACUGCAUUGUUUCUCUAAGACACUGCGAUCGCAGCUCCCUCUCUCAAACCCUUAGACAGACACCAGGUCACCUUUAGGGUUGAUCUGAGGAAGUCGGCCCCGCCCCUCCGUCGAGCCUCGUCUCUGUCGUUUGAUCAGAAAUCGCCGCUGCAGCCUUUUUGUAGAAUAAUGGUUUCUGAUCAUGAGCCACUGGUAGAAACAGGGGGAUGAAAUUAUCCCCAAUGAUGAUUCUUUUAAUUUUUUUUUGUUAAAUGUCAUAAAAGAGUUUUGCUUUUUUUUUUUUUUUUUUUUAAAUCAUUGUUAUAAUUCUUGCAGGAGAAAUACUCUCAACGUAUUUGUACUGAUGAACAAUGUUUACUAUCCUGACGCUGUGCUACAUGACAUGGUGUGUGACGUGUAACUUUGGCUAGUCCGGGAAUCAAUGAAUCCCUUUCAUUUGUUAUGGUGAGAGCAAAUGUGUUGAAACACAUGUUUUAUAUUGUAGUGCUAUGAAAGCAGCAUGAAAACGUAUCUCGUGUUUGCUUUGACUACAUCGUACAGAUUUGGACGUAUGAUGCGUCUCGAAGGUCGAGAGGGGCGAGCAAAAACAUUUUGGGUGAUUUCCCCCGAGACGUUCGCGCCGUUAUCUUAAUAUUCUGUUUAUAAUGCUGUAAAUUGUUCUGGGCUUUUGGGGUGUGGGGAACACAUUUUAAGUUCUUUCAUUAUAAAUAUAUAUAUAUACGUAUGAAUUUAACAGAAGUAUUACUGAUCAACGGCACUAAAAUGAAGGUGUGUGUGUGUGUGUGUGUGUGUGUGUGUGUGUGUGUGUGUGUGUGUGUGUGUGUGUGUGUGUGUGUGUGUGUGUGUGUGUGUGUGUGUGUGUGUGUGUGUGUGUGUGUGUGUGUGUGUGUGUAAAAGCUGUGAUUGCCACUGAAUAUAAAGCAGCAUGUUUCUUACACAAAUGUUUCUUCUUUUCUAUGUUUUUGUUUCACUCUCCUUUUUCUAACACCAUUGAACCUAAAGGGCACUUUAUAGAUCACUCUGAGGUCAUGUCGCCUAUUGUACGUCUUGCGUCAUUAACUUGAAUGUGAUCUUUCUUUCUUUCUUUUCUUUUUUUUUUUGUUCCAUUCACAGCACUUUCCUGGUGCAAUAUAAAUAGUCUGUAAAUCUGGGCUGCUGCUGCUGACCGACCGUGAAGCAGAGACUUCACCCCCCUUUUCGCCUGUGUUUUCUCUCCCUUGUGUUUCCUCCCCGCUGUGAUCCAACACUCACUCGGUAAAUGGUAUGUCCUUUUUUUUAACGAAUGACAGGAAAUAUCACUUUUGUUAAAGAUUCUUACCACUCUGUGCAAGUCUUUGUGGUUUCCUUUAACUUCCGUCAAAUAAAAAUGAAACUUCUCAAAGUG